AUGGAAAUCGGAAAAAUUCCGAAUAUGCUCUCUCUCCACGAAUAUCCGCUGAUGAAGACUUACCGCGACCGCAGGAUACCGUCAACAAUCCUUAUUGCCUCUAUACUCCUUUUUACCGGCUUGAUUAUAUUCAACCUCAUCACCCAAGGCAAGUCGGAUCAGUCCCGAACAUUCAUAUCACUGAAUUUUAUUGACGAGCGAACACGAUUGCAUAGCAAGAAUACAUCGGGAACCAAAUUCAGCUGCGAUACGUCUAAGGUGAGGUUGGGCGAUAAUAUCUUCAUGGUCCAUCAGAAUGAUCAGGAUAAGAUAUCAGAAGAGGACGCCUUCGAGGCCCCGGAAAGUCAGAACUCUCCAGGCGUGUUCCAAUGGACUGUCUACGAAAUCAACAUUGCCGAUCAGAAUAACGUCACCGAGUUUCGUUACAGCGGCCAAACCUUGAACUGCACCAUUGUGUUUGUCAAAACAAUUUAUCAAUUCUUUCAUCACAACUACAUUUAUAGCACCUGUGGUAAAUGUACCUAUGAUGAUGAAAGGACAAACAAGCAAAUCAAGAUAACACUAUGCUCUUCAUAUGACCAUUCUAAUGCUGUCAUGCCUGCGGUUUCUCGGGGAAGCCAAAUCAACCUUCGGGACCGUGUCUUCCAUGUACUCGAGAGACUGUACCCCAUGCUGUCUAUCAACUCGAGCGAUUUGCCUUUACCAGCCUACCCACCGGAUUAUAAUCUGUCACAAGAAGACUUAUACCGUAAAAAUAUGAUCAGACGACAGGAUGUUUCUCAACUGCACAUCUGGCUUGGCGGUGUCGUCUUUUCCCCAAGAGGAAACUUGAAAUAUGAGCCUACUUUGACCUCACAGACGAUUGAGUCGCCUCAGGGAUCAGUUUUUCUUGAAAAUAUGAGCGAUCCAGGGAGCUACUUCGAAGCCUUUAAGCAGACCGACGAGAAAGACCCAGGCUCGGGCUUCCAGAUCUCAGUCAUAGGUGUCGGGGAAGUCCGGCCGUUCGGCUUGCACGAGUACAACCACGCCAGCCUCCCGCCAAUCAUUUCACAGAUGUUCAACUACUCCUACUCGAUCAGUGGGCUGAUGAUGAACCUGGCCGCCGACGAUCUCAACAGUAAAGUAAUCGGAGCCCAUUACUUGUGCAAUGCUACUCGAAAAGAAUGGCAACCCUUCGUUAAAGUCUUCUCGACCACGAUGGGCAGCACCAUGGGAGUAUUUGGGAUCUGCUUUUCUAUCAUGCUUGUGGUCGCUCGUCGAAUAGAUAAUUUUGUAAACACGCACCAGGAAAGCAAUCGCCAUUCAGACAGUUCCGAGAAUUCAACGCUUCAUGUGGAAGAAGGUAAAGAUAUCCCAUUGAAAAAAGUUGGCAAAUAA